AUGUCCAACUUUGUGCCACCCUCACAACACCGCUCGCUGCGCGCCUGCAUGGUCUGCAGCAUUGUCCUCCCAGGUUCGCGCUUCCGCCGUGAGGGAUGCCCCAACUGCGAAGAGUUCCUUGAGCUGUCUGGCCACGACGAUGCCAUCCAGGAAUGUACCAGCCAGGUCUUUGAGGGCCUCAUCACUCUUGCCGACCCUACUACCAGCUGGGUAGCCAGGUGGCAGCGCCUCGACAGCUAUGUCCCUGGUGUCUACGCUGUCAAGGUCACUGGCAUUCUGCCUGAAGAAAUCAUCUCAACCGUCGAAGCCGCCGGCGUCAAGUACAUCCCUCGCGACGGCACUAGCAUCGACGACAUGUAA